CCUGCCCUUUCCGCGGACUACGUGUCCCGUGAACCCCCGCGGCUUCUCGUCGGUUUGCUGGUUGCCGGGACUACGUGUCCCGUCGGCCUCCGCGGCGGCGCUUGGCGGGCUACGGCAGCCGGCGGGGCGCAGCGAUGGCGGCGGAGCGGGAGCAGGAACUGCGCGAAUUCACGCGGCGGCUCUUCGAAGACAGCCGCGACCCCAGCGCGCUGACGCUGGGGGCCGUGCGGCGCCGGUUCGUGGCACAGUCGGGGCACGGGAGCCUGAUGCCGGGCGAGAAGCGGUUGCUGCGGCGCCUGGUGGAGGCCGAGCUGCGCACGCAGGCCGAGAAGCCCAGAGCUGCCGCCGAGCAUGAGAGUAGCGCCAGCCCCAGCCCCUCGCCUCCCCCAGAGUCCAGCUCCGACAGCGACGGCUCGGACAGGGAGGCCAAGAGCCCAGAGACCAAGAAACUGAGGGCUGCGGACCUCGAGAGCCCAGAGGCCAAGAAGCUGAGUCCCAGGCACACGGGGAGCCCGGAGGCCAAGAAGCCAAGGGCCAGGGAUGCCAAGAGCCCUGAGGCCAAAAAGAUGAAGGCCAACAGCAGUGAGAGCCCAGAGGCGUCCGUGCCAGAGGGGGAGGCCGGGGCAGGGGACAAGGAGCGGGAGGCGAGCGCCGAAGACUCCUCCUCUUCCUCCUCCUCGUCCUCGUCCUCCUCCGACGAGGAGAACACCCGCCCGCAGGAGAACACCCGCUCCCACAGCGCCGCCGGGGGCAAGAAGCAGAAGGGCCGGCUGCGGACGGGAAAGCAGGAGCCGGGGGACGCCCCAGAGGUGCGGCGCUUGAAGCGGUACCUGCGCGUCUGUGGCGUGCGGCCCAACUAUCGCAAGCUGCUGGGCGGGUGCCGGAGCCGGCGGGAGCGCGUGGCUGUGCUGCGCCAGGAGCUGGCUGCGCUCGGCCUGGAUGGGCGCCCAUCGCUGCAGCGAUGCCAGGAGGUGCGCCUGCGCCGCGAGCAGGAGGCUGAGGUGGCCGCGCUGGACUUGGGCAACAUCAUUCCCUCCCACGGCCGCCCACGCCGCCGCAAUGUAUGGAGCUUGUACGCGGCGCCCAGCACCCCGCCAGCGCCCAGCCCCCCCCGCACCCGCCCCGACUGGUCCCAGCUCCGCGGCAUCAUCAGCAGCGACGAGGACGACAGCGAGUGAUGGGGCGGGGUUUGGCCAGGCCCCACCCCUUCCCCUUGUUGGUUCUAUCCUCUCUCCACCCCCUUUUUGUACAUUUCCAAAUAAAGCAUGUUUUGUUACUGCC